CCGCACGCCCAACGCCUCUGCUGAGUGAUGGCUCAGGCUCGAUUGGAGGGCGGUAUCUUCCUUGCCACUUCUCCGCACCAGUCUAUCUCUAUCUCCCUUCUCCACCUCCCCUACGUCCGCUUGAGUCUGGCGGCGUUUGUCAGUGAGCUUUCGUCCGUCCCGGUGCUCACUCAUUGAUACUAGUAUCUGAUACGACCACCGUUGAUUCAGUGAACUAGACCUGAAUGUCCUCCGCCGUCCCUGCAUAUAUUUAUCCUGCCGUUUGCCGGGUUCUUGGCGUGGCCCCCGCCUCCUGCCUAUCGAGAAGCCCAACUCGCUUGUCCUGAUCGCUUAUUGCAUUGUGGGACUGAGCCUCCUUCCUCUACUAAACGAAACGGCCAUCUGCAUAUACUCGCUAUAUACCAAACCUGCCCACCGCGCUACCCACGGCCCGACAUAUCUGGUAACGAGACAUCCUGCUCGGCGCCGAUCCCAUGGCACCGACUGCGGUACCCCCGCAGCGGGACGUAUCACUGCCGUUGCGCCCGCUCACGACCACCUACGAUGACAGCGUUGCCUUCUUCCUCAACGGCACUAGAGUGGUGCUGGACGAGAUAGACCCUGAAAUCACCCUUCUAGAGUAUCUGAGGGGCAUUGGCCUGACUGGCACCAAGCUUGGCUGCGGAGAGGGCGGCUGCGGAGCCUGCACCGUCGUUGUCGCCGCCUGGAACCCAACCACCAAACAGGUCUACCAUGCCAGCGUCAACGCCUGCCUGGCCCCACUGGCCAGCGUCGAUGGCAAACAUGUCAUCACCAUCGAGGGCAUCGGAAACACCAAGAAGCCACACGUAGCUCAGCAGCAGAUUGCCCAGGGCAAUGGAAGCCAAUGCGGCUUUUGCACACCUGGAAUUGCCAUGAGCUUGUAUGCGCUUCUGAGGAAUAACAAUGCUCCGUCGGAACACGAUGUUGAGGAAGCAUUCGAUGGCAACCUUUGCCGCUGUACCGGCUAUCGCCCCAUCCUCGACGCUGCCCAUGCCUUCAGCGUCAAGAAGGGGAGCAACGGCUGCGGCAACUCCACCGCAGCCGGCGGGAGCGGCUGUUGCAUGGAAAAUGGCGACGGCCCUCCAGGUGGCUGCUGCAAGUCGGAUUCCAAGUCCACGGGCGACCAGCCUCCGCUCAAGACCUUCGCCCGCCCGGACUUGGUUAAGUACGACCCUGAGACCGAGCUCAUCUUCCCACCUGCGCUCAAGAAGCACGCGUUCAAGCCACUGUCAUUUGGAAACAAGAGGAAGCGGUGGUACCGUCCGGUGACCUUGGAACAACUGCUCGAGCUGAGGAGUGUCUUCCCGAACGCCAAGAUCAUCGGCGGCAGCACCGAGACGCAGAUAGAGAUCAAGUUCAAGGCGCAGCAGUACCCCGUGUCCGUCUAUGUUGGCGAUAUAGCAGAGCUGCGCCAGUACUCCCUGAGGGACGACCAUGUCGAGGUCGGCGGCAAUGUCACACUCACCGACCUCGAGGCCAUCUGCAAAGAGGCCAUCUCUCGUUAUGGCGACGCCCGGUCGCAGGUUUUCGCUGCCAUGUACAAGCAGCUCAAGUACUUCGCCGGGAGGCAGAUCCGGAACGUCGGCACCCCGGCCGGCAAUCUUGUUACAGCGUCACCCAUCUCAGACCUGAACCCCAUCUUUGUGGCUUCAGACUCGGUGCUGCUGGCAAAGUCGCAAGCCAAGGACACCGAGAUCCCCAUGUCCAGCUUCUUCCGGGGCUACCGGCGGACGGCGCUCGAGGCCGACGCGAUCAUUGCUUCGAUUCGGAUUCCCCUGACCCAGGAGAAGGGCGAGUAUUUCCGAUCCUACAAGCAGGCCAAGAGGAAGGACGACGACAUCGCAAUCGUCACGGCGGCGCUCAAAGUGAAGCUGGACAACGAUGGCGUCAUAGAGAAGUGCAACCUCGUCUUCGGAGGCAUGGCUGCCUUCACGCUGGCGGCCAAGGCCACGUCCGAGUUCAUGGCCGGCAAGAAGUUCGCCGAGCUGGAGACGCUCGAGGGUGCCAUGAACGCUCUGGAGGAGGACUUCAACCUCCCCUUUGGCGUCCCCGGUGGCAUGGCCUCAUACCGCAAGUCGCUCGCGCUGGGCUUCUUUUACCGCUUCUACCACGACGUCAUGGCCGAGCUGAGCGGCCAGAGUACCGCUUCCCCUGCCGCCGAGCACGCGGACAAGGAUGCAAUCGAGGAGCUGGAGAGGGAUAUCUCAACCGGGACCAUCGACGUCGACACCACGGCGGCGUACCAGCAGGAGGUCGUCGGGAAGGCGAACCCCCACCUGGCGGCGCUGAAGCAGACGACGGGCGAGGCGCAGUACACGGACGACAUUCCGCCGCUGGCCAACGAGCUGCACGGCUGCCUCGUGCUGUCCACCAGGGCGCACGCCAAGAUCCUGUCGGUGGACUACUCGGCCGCGCUCGAGACGGCGGGCGUGGUCGACUACGUGGACCGGCACGACCUGCCGCGACCCGAGCUGAACCGCUGGGGCGCGCCGCACUUUGAGGAGGUCUUCUUCGCCGAGGACGAGGUAUUCACGACGGGCCAGCCCAUCGCCCUGAUCCUGGCCAAGACGGCGCUCCAGGCGGCCGAGGGCGCCCGCGCCGUCAAGGUCGAGUACGAGGACCUGCCCGCCGUCUUCACCAUCGAGGAAGCCAUCGAGAAGGAGAGCUUCUACAAGUUCUUCAGGGAGAUCAAGAAGGGCGACCCGGAGGCCGCAUUCGCCAAGUGCGACCACGUCUUCAGCGGCGUGGCCCGCAUGGGCGGCCAGGAGCACUUCUACCUCGAGACCAACGCGGCUCUGGUGGUGCCCAAGCCCGAGGACGGCGAGAUGGAGAUUUACUGCAGCACGCAGAACGCAAACGAGACCCAAGUAUAUGCGGCGCGCGUCUGCAACGUGCAGGUCAACAAGGUCCUCGUCAAGGUCAAGCGGCUGGGCGGCGGCUUCGGCGGCAAGGAGUCGCGGUCGGUGCCGCUGAGCUCGAUGCUGGCGCUGGCGGCGCAAAAGACGCGGCGGCCGGUGCGGUGCAUGCUGACGCGCGAGGAGGACAUGGUGACGUCGGGCCAGCGGCACCCGUUCCUGGGCCGGUGGAAGGUCGGGGUCAACGCCGACGGCGCCAUCCAGGCGCUCGACCUCGACAUCUUCAACAACGGCGGCUGGUCGUGGGACCUGAGCGCGGCCGUGUGCGAGCGCGCCAUGACGCACAGCGACAACUGCUACCGCGUGCCCAACGUCCACGUCCGCGGCCGCAUCUGCCGCACAAACACAAUGUCCAACACGGCCUUCCGCGGCUUCGGCGGGCCCCAGGGCAUGUUCAUCGCCGAGACCUACAUGGCCGAGGUGGCCGACCGCCUGGGCAUGCCCGUCGAGCGCCUGCGCGAGGUCAACAUGUACAAGACGGGCGACGAGACGCACUUCAACCAGGCCCUGACUGACUGGCACGUCCCGCUCAUGUACCGCCAGCUGCAGGACGAGGCCGCCUACGCCGCCCGCCGCGACGCCGCCGCGCGCUUCAACGAGGCCAACCGCUGGCGCAAGCGCGGCCUGGCCCUGGUCCCCACAAAGUUCGGCAUCUCCUUCACGGCCCUCUGGCUCAACCAGGCCGGCGCCCUGGUGCACGUCUACCACGACGGCUCCGUCCUGGUCGCCCACGGCGGCACCGAGAUGGGCCAGGGCCUGCACACAAAGAUGGCCAUGGUGGCCGCCCAGGCCCUGCGCGUGCCGCUCGACCGCGUCCACAUCUCCGAGACGGCCACCAACACGGUCGCAAACGCCUCGGCCACGGCCGCCUCGGCCUCGUCCGACCUCAACGGCUACGCCAUCGCCAACGCCUGCGAGCAGCUCAACGCCCGCCUGGCGCCCUACCGCGAGAGGCUCGGGCCCGACGCCGACAUGGGCCGGCUCGCCGAGGCCGCCUACUUUGACCGCGUCAACCUCUCGGCCCAGGGCUUCUACAAGACGCCCGAGAUCGGCUACUCGUGGGACGAGAACAAGGGCAAGAUGUUCUUCUACUUCACCCAGGGCGUCGCCGCGGCCGAGUGCGAGGUCGACACCCUCACGGGCACCUGGACCUGCCUGCGCGCCGACGUCAAGAUGGACGUCGGCCGCAGCAUCAACCCGGCCAUCGACUACGGCCAGAUCCAGGGCGCCUUCGUCCAGGGCAUGGGCCUCUUCACCAUGGAGGAGUCGCUCUGGCUCCGGUCGGGCCCCCCAGGCCGGCCAGCUCUUCACCCGCGGUCCGGGCACCUACAAGAUCCCGGGCUUCCGGGACGUGCCCCAGACCUUCAACGUGACGCUGCUCAAGGGCGUCGAGUGGGAGGAGCUGCGCACCAUCCAGCGCAGCAGGGGCGUCGGCGAGCCGCCCCUCUUCAUGGGCAGCGCCGUCUUCUUCGCCAUCCGCGACGCCCUCAAGGCCGCCCGCGCCCAGUACGGCGUCGCCGCCACCGUCGGCACCGACGACCCCCACGACGGGCUCCUGCGCCUCGAGAGCCCCGCCACCCCCGAGCGCAUCCGCCUUGCCUGCGUCGACCCCAUCAUGGAGCGGGCCAGGGUCGUGCCCAAGGAGGGAGAGAAGAACUUUUUCAUCGCUAUUUGAGUUCCCCCUGUCUUUUGGGUUGGUUUUGGGCUUUCUUGAUAUAGCUCGUUGGAAAUCACGGGGUUUUUAUAUUUUUUUUAUUUCGGCCGGCUGUCGGUUGGGCGUGAUCGCUCUGGCCUGGUGUUGUAUACCCCGUUCUAGUCUAUGCAGAAGGGGUGGUACUUGGAUACCUACAUAACAACCCAAAAAUCAAGCCGUCCGCCCGCCCUGUUGUCUCAGAGACAGAGACAUGUAGUUAUCGUGCAUCGAGCG